UCGCGUUAGAAAAGUUUUUUUUUAUUAACGUCUGACGAAUUUCUUCAGCUUGCACUCUUGAUACAAGCAACACAGUUAUCAUAUCCUUUUAUAUAUUUUAGCGAUAGUAAUAAAUAAGAUUGCAUUUGUCUCAGUGCUCAUUACUUUCGACUUUUCAACGAGUCAUCUUUCUCACCGAUCGCCUUAAUGACAGCCCAAAGUAUUCCGUCCUUAGCAAUCAUUUAACUUUGAAGUGCUUCGCGCUCAAAGAGUCCUUAAUUAACCAGUGGAAAGGGCUAAAAGGGCUACCUCACUCCGGGAUAGCUUGUACAAAUCUCUUGCAGUUUGCAAAAAUGAAAAGGAAAAAAACAUCGAAAUGUUCUUAGUUCUUAAUUUUUCUCCAUCAUUACUUCUCUCUCCCCUCUUUUCUUCUAUCAAUGUAUUCCAUUAAUUGUUCUUUUUGCAAUUGCCCUGCUUUCGUAAGAUUUGAGACAUAUUCUUCGUAACGAGUAGAUUUCGCGUUCAAGGACUCCGAGGGGUAAACGUGCCUCGCCCAGUACCUCGCACGGAUCGAUUGCACAUCGAAAAAGAAAACAUGCGCACAAUCGCACAUAAUUCUUCGCACAAUGCGGCAACAUUACACGAUGAUGCAUUCGAUUUACGGCCACCGCAACUCUCAUACAUAAACUCGUCAUGAUAUAGGCGCCAUUUGCAAAUGUAAUAACAGCAGGAUCUUCUCGAUGUCGAAACAUGAGAAUUAUCGCUGCUGUUUAUCAGCGUGUGCGUACGCACACGGAUGCACAGAGAGAGAGAGAGAGAGAGAGAGAGAAAGAGAGAGAGCGCGGACAUCAUAAAACACGCGAACACGACACGACGAUAACAGCCUGAAAGCGCAUUUUAAUUACAGCCAGACCACGCGGUGCAUAUAUGUAUAUCUCUUUCCGCGCAAUUUUCAUCGGAGCGUCGGAUUCCGCGAAGCGUUUUGCUUUUCCGUCACUGAGAGGCUAGUCUGGGUUGGGUAGAUAAGUUAGAGAGUCUACGCUCUGCUUAACCAGUCGGGUUGGAGCUCCUGAAGCGGCAAGGCGUGUGGCGCAGUGGCGACCCGUCGCGACUAUGCGUCUCGCGAAACUUGAAAUGUCAUUCGGCGUGCGCGUGUGGUGCAAUCGAUGGAAACACUUGAUCCUGUGACGACGCGCGACCUGAUGCGCAGAAGAAGCGCAUUCUGCAUCGUGCUGUGGCCACGUCCGGAUCGUGUUGUGGACGCGUGCACGGCGAAUAAAAUAAUAGUCCUGGCUUCAAUCUCGCGCUGCGAGAUAAUCGACGAGGUUCGACCGUCGACUCGAUUGUCGUGAGAGAUAGAUGGGGAGGGAGAAAGAGAGAGAGAGAGAGAGAGGGAGAUAGAGACAGGAAGAGAGAAAGAAAGAGGGGGAGAAUCGAAAGAUCAUACGUGCCAGAUCCGCGCGAAGACGAAGGAGGACUCCGCCCGGUUUCCCACGCGCCACACCGGCGUUAAUUAAUUAGAAGAGAGCGUGCAAUUAGUGUGUCCUCGCGUGGAAGACACACAAAGCGGCCGAAGAGUCCCGAGCGGAAAAUCCGAAAACUCACCUCUCCAAGUACUCAGCAGUGUGAUAUAUUUCAAUAAAAAACGUUUCGAAUGAAAAACGAAGUGAAUUUCAGUUCAACAAAGUGCCUUCAUAAGUGUCAAAUACAACGCACGAUAGUUACGACGUAAUUUUCCUUUACACUUUUAAGAAGAACAUAAGAACGGCGUCGAAUGACCAUACGCUAAUUACCUCGCGAAUUACCUCGCCCGCUAUUCACGCUUUUUAUGGAGCCAAACAGACCAGGGAGAAAUCGACGGAAUCGCUGUUCCCGGAGAAAGGAAUAAUCAGUUGCAACGCUGUUUGCAACGGAAUGUCGUAAUUGGUACGUGAGAUCGAAUAUUAAGUAUGACGAGAGUGUCUCGCGCGGGCGAUAUUUCAUUCCGUGUCUUUUUGAACCGGCAGUAAAUCCAAGUUGCUGAAGGGAGGAAGUUUUCCUUACGCGCGCCUCUCGUUUUCCUCUGCACGAAGACAUCCCGGCGAGGGUAGCGGGGUACGUUUCUCUGUGCGCGAGCCGCGAUAUCUGUCGAAACUGCAUUUGUGUGCACAUUCUAUACAGAGCGCAAUUCUCUCCUCCGUGAUCCAAACGGGCUUUUCUCUCCGUGAGUAGCCUCAUUAUACGAGCAGCGCUCGGAGAGACAUUCGCGAAAAGUGUAUUUGUUAUGCCGAUAACCGAUAGUCGAAAUCUACCGAACGCCAUUCGUGCAAACGAGAUCCGAUAAAUUACGUUGAGAUUUCUCUCCCUCUUUCUCUCCUUUUUUUCUCUCUUUUCCUUCCUCUAUAUAGCGGGUUAUACACCUCCGUCGUAAUGAAUGGGAGGACUGGUCGAGUGCUCGUAGCAACGAAUCCGAUCACGUAAUCGCAUAUACACCGUGUCGGACGACGCGCGACGAUGAUGCGUCAGAUCGUUGCCCCUGACCUACUCAUUUACAAUGAUUUACAAUGAUAUCGGCAAUUAAGUGCUGCAAGAAAUGCGGACAGAGCGUCCACGAGGAGGAGCAGCGGCGAGACGACACAAUGCGCAAAAAAUUGUACUUCGUCGGCCUGAUCGCGCUAUCGAUCGCGACGUUGUGCGUCUACCUCUCGGUCUUCUACGACGGAGCGAGGAUUCAGAACACGUACCACAAGACGUACAUGAUCCACGAAGCGGAUGAUGAUCCCGCGCUCGACGCCGCCAACCUAACCGACAACCGCACCGACGACGAGAAAGUCGACCGGGCGAAGGAGUUGAGGAGGACGGGCGUGAAGAGCAUUCUCCUGUGGAACACGCUGUUCGGCGAUCGGAACUUCUACUUCGGCGAGGGCGAUAUCUUCCACGAGUGCCCCAUCGACAGGUGCAAGAUCUUCAACGAUCGCGGCCACCUGAACGUGGAGGACUACGACGCGAUUCUCUUCCACGGCAAUGAGCUGACCGAGUAUGGGGUGCCGCUGAGGCGCAGGACGAGACAGUUCUACGUGUACGUUAACCUGGAGAGCCCAGCCAACAGGGCGAUACCUUAUGAGUACUACGAGGACUACUUCAAUCUCACGAUGACGUAUCGGCUCGACAGUGACAUACUGUGGCCUUACGGGAUCAUAGCGGACGCGAAAACCGGCAACUUCGUCGCGCCCGCCCAGGACCCCGACUGGAGCGCCUAUAAAAACGGUGUGGAGGAAGCGGUAGAGGAGGUGCCGUCUGCGAUAUUGGACGUCGUCAGGGGUAAGAGCAAGCUGGUAACUUGGUUUGUAAGCAAUUGCCAGGCCAAAAGUGGCCGGCUGGAAUACGUGGAGGAGCUGUCGAAGCACAUAGGCGUCGACAUCUACGGCAAAUGCGGCGCGUACAGCUGCCACAAGACCUGGGACUGCUUUCGCGACGUCGUCGAGCCCAACUACUUUUUCUACUUAUCCUUCGAGAAUUCCUUCUGCGACGAUUACGUGACCGAGAAGCUGAUGAACCCGCUCAGGUAUAAUGUCGUACCGGUGGUUUACGGGGGCGCCAACUACAGUCAGUUUGCACCGCCGAAUUCCUACGUGAAUGCCUUGGACUUUGAGAGUCCGAAGGAGCUCGCCGCGUACUUGAAAUAUCUCUCCAAGGAUCUGCGACGGUAUCAAAGCUUCCUACAAUGGAAGAAAUAUUAUCGAGUCGGAUCCAGCACGAAACGGGCGGUUUGUGCUCUCUGCGAGGCGCUACAUAAACGGAAAAGCCCGAAAAGAUACCAUGCCCUGUCGCGCUGGUACGCGAAGGACAAAUGUCCGAUUCAAACGCUGCUGAGUGAUGCCAACGACGUUUACGCGACGAAAUUAACGCUGACGAGUCGCGCAUAAAGACCGAAUUGGGCACGAGUUGCAGGAGCUUAAAUAGCGCGUCCGAAUGAUACGCUACGCAGCACCGUGGAACCGAUUAUACACAGAUGUCGGUAGUCAUAAGUAGUCAUAAUUCCGUGAUAAAAAGUAUACCGAAUAUAUGUGUGAGGAGUGAAA